GUUUGUUUGUUUGUUUGUUUGCUUGCUAGCUUGUUUGGACCUCGUAGUUGUCCGUGUGUUAUAUCGGAACAUGAAAUUGUGCGCAUGCGCAGUAGAACACGCAGUAGAAGUCUAAUCCUCGAACGACAUUUCCUCAUUUCUAAAUCGUUUGAAUAAAAUGCGUCUGCAAAAUAAAUAAAUGUGAACAACAGCAGAGCAAAUAAUCUGCCAGAGAAGAGUUUUACACACAGCGCAUUACUCUCAUAAUUAAACGUGAUGGAAUGACUUCCUCCAUCUCAACGCUCUCUUCUUUCCAAACUGCUCUUUCCAAGUUUGGUCCUCCACAUUGAGGAAGCUAUAGCACCCUCGUCGUCUUUUCCUUAACCUUGUACUACUUUUCAGGAGUACUACAUGUGUGUGUGAGAAUGUCAGUCAAAUGAGUGUGAAGGCCAUCAUGGCUGUGGGUGAUGGGAAAUGGCGUCCAUGUUGUGAUGCUGUGGUGAGUUCAUGGCAUGACAGAAAUGCUCUGAACUAGUAAUUCAAUUCAAAAUCAAAACAAUGUAGUGUUCAGGUAAUAAAUGUUCCUAAACGGUUUCAUAUUUUUAAUCUGCGAUGUGUAUUCGAAAACCUGAUGCUUGCUUGCCAGGAACAGUAAGAAAUACUAUUUAUUUAACACUUUAUUUUGUUCUUGCAGAAACUGAAACGAUGCCACCAAAGAAGACAGUGAAAAGAGUGGUGGGACCACAGAAGAGAAAAAAUCCUAAUCCAGGGUCACGGGGAACCUGGAGCCUAUCCCAGGGAGCAUCGGGCAUAAGGCGGGGUACACCCUGGACAGGGUGCCAAUGUUACAAUGACCUUGUGGUUAUUUCUGAUGACGAGUGUCCUGAAACGUCCACACAAGGCCAACUAAAUCCAAGAUCACGGGGACAUAAUCAAGCUAUCCAAAGACCAGUAGCUGUUAUAACACCGCAAUCUAGAGCAAUCUUGCAAACUACACAAGUUGAGGACACCCUGACAGUCAGUGAUGAUGAUUCAUGCACAUCAGAUGUGAGUGAUGCUGACGAAGGACAAGCGGAGGAGGAUGUUGCGGAAAAUAACAGAUUAGCACAUAUAUAUGUCCAUGGCUUGUACUAUGAUGGUAACAUCAUGGUUCAAACAUCUGGCAGGAGCGAUUCUUGCCAGCCUUCAGGUGGCCCAAUGAAUCGAUUUAAUAACAAAGACACGAUCAACCAGAGAGCGACUAACAAUGCUGCAGUGUGUGACAAUGACGUUGUGGUUAUUUCUGAUGACGAGUGUCCUGAAACGUCCACACAAGGCCAACUGAAUCCAAGAUCACGGGGACCUAACCAAGCUAUCCAAAGACCAGUAGCUGUUAUAACACCGCAAUCUAGAGCAAUCUUGCAAACUACACAAGUUGAGGACACCCUGACAGUCAGUGAUGAUGAUUCAUGCGCAUCAGAUGUGAGUGAUGCUGACGAAGGACAAGCGGAGGAGGAAGGCUUUGAACAUGUUGAUAACACAUUUCAAAAUGGUCCAGACAAUGACCUUGUGGUUAUUUCUGAUGAUGAGUGUCCUGAAAUGUCCACACAAGGCCAACUGAAUCCAAGAUCACGGGAACAUAACCAAGCUAUCCAAAGACCAGUAGCUGUUAUAACACCGCAGUCUAGAGCAAUCUUGCAAACUACACAAGUUGAGGACACCCUGACAGUCAGUGAUGAUGAUUCAUGCGCAUCAGAUGUGAGUGAUGCUGACAAAGGACAAGCGGAGGAGGAAGGCUUUGAACAUGUUGAUAAUACAUUUCAAAAUGGUCCAGGAAUGAAGUCAAUGAACAAGAAACCAAAAGCCAAUCCAGUGAAAAGAGUGGUGGGACCGAAGAAGAGAAAAAAUCCUAAUCCAGCAGAAGGCCAGAAUCUAACAAAAAAGAAGAGAAAGGCUCCAGCAUGUGUGGAUACAUCAUAUUUUCAUAAUUAUUUGUGUGCAGAUAACAUGCCUGUUCUAGCUCUAAUUCAACCCAAUGUGCUUUUUGUUGCGGUUCCUGCGGGUAACAUCACGGUUCAAACAUCUGGCAGGAGCGAUUCUUGCCAGCCUUCAGGUGGCCCAAUGAAUCGAUUUAAUAACGAAGACACGAUCAACCAGAGAGUGACUAACAAUGCUGCAGUGUGUGAUGAAAACCUGUUGUUUCUAAGGAAAAACAAUGUUAAGUUAAUCGACGGGGUAAAAAAUGUCCCUGAAAUCCUUGAUCGCCUCGAAUUAUCCAACGAAAAAGCAGCGAUAGUGCGAGCAGAGAGGACAGAUCAGGAGAGGAUGAGGAAGCUUCUGGAGUUCACGACCAGCACACAUGGUGCAAAGUUUCUAGUCACAGCCUUGUGGAGCUGCGCAAGCGAUGUCAUGGAAGACCUGGCCAACACCAACUACAAUGACCUUGUGGUUAUUUCUGAUGACGAGUGUCCUGAAACGUCCACACAAGGCCAGCUGAAUCCAAGAUCACGGGAACAUAACCAAGCUAUCCAAAGACCAGUAGCUGUUAUAACACCGCAGUCUAGCGCAAUCUUGCAAACUACACAAGUUGAGGACACCCUGACAGUCAGUGAUGAUGAUUCAUGCGCAUCAGAUGUGAGUGAUGCUGACAAAGGACAAGCGGAGGAGGACGUUCCGGAAAAUUAACAGAUUAGAAGAGAUCAACAUCGCAGUGAGAGAAUUCUUAGACAGAAAAGCUGCUUUAUUGGAGAGCUUUGAACAUUUUGAUAAUAUAUCUCAGAAUGCUCCAGGUUGGGUUUGUGUACAAUCAAUGCAUAGUACCCUCAAAUCCAUGAAUAGUUGUGCCACAGCGAACAUAAAUUUGCUAAAAAAAAAUCAAUGAAAGAUAUGGCACAGAAAUGCCCGAUUUACAUUUCAGUUACAUAUGCCAAAAAAAGGAAAAGUGAAAAUACUCUGACAUCACCUCAUGAUUUCUGCUAUGGUGCAAACCAGAGUUCUUUAAAUAGUUUUUACGUUGGGAUCCGUGCACAUCUCUGAACCCAUAUUUAUCUGAUGCAAUCAACCAGCUGAAUGAAAUUUUAGUUCCGUCACACCAGUUCGUUAGUCCGAGCCCUAGUCAGAGUUCCACUCACAAUGUAACAAAUACACCAGUGAGCCAAUACGAUAUAUUCUAUGAACUCAGCGAAAGUCUGUUAAGAUUACAGAAUAGCCUAAACGGACAUUCUGUACGAUUAAACCCUGAUUUAAUCGACGCAGUCAACCAGUUGAAUGAAAAUUUGACUAUCUCCUGAACACAACUUCAAUAUCUUCUCAACUCCAGAACUCUCACAGGAACAUAGACCCUUUUAUGUUCGUCUGUUAUACGAACUUAAUGAAAGUCCUAUGAGGUUAAAUGACAGUCUGGUUAACUUAAUCGAACCCCCUGCCAAUAUUCCACAAAAUUUGGGAAAUGAUAAUGAGUACGUCCCUCCAAUGGAAAACAUAUCAUCACCUAAUAUCCACGAUUUGCAAAUGGAAGACAUGCCAUCACCUAAUAUCCAAGAUGGUAAUGGGAUAGAUCCUAAUAUUAGAAUAAUUAAUAAUGACAGAUUCAACACCGAGAUUAGGAGAAGAGUGAAUUUUUCUUAAUGUCACUAAUCACUAAUUUCAACAGCUUUGUGGAAUUUUAUAAUUAUGAUUUAAACAGUGUGAUUGAAAUCGCUAAUUAUUUAAUUUCAUCUGAAGAUUUUGUCACAGGUGAAAUUAGAGGCGAUACACUCAAUGUUUCAUGGCGCAUUCAGUUAGUCAAUGUUGCCAUCGUUUUACAUUCUUUUCUAACCAUGCCCAAAAAUGCCAUUCAAAGUAAACGUGAAAUAAUAAUUAUUAUUAAAACACUGAAAUAGUCAUCUAAAUUGUCUGACCAACCUUGGGGUGGAAAACAGACAAGAGACUGAUUAAACCGCUGAAUGCUAAUGUAUUCAUUGGCAUUUUCACUAUAACACAUGCUAGACUUGAAUUGUACGAUCUGAUGGAUCGAUUGCAACAGUGUUGUUUGUACACAGACACCGACGGCGUCAUUUUUAAAAGUAGGGAAGGUAAUUGAAUGCCACCUUUAAGCAAUUACUUUGGUGGCCUUAACAGCGACCUAGAUGAUGGCGAUCAAAUCGUAGAAUUCGUAAGUGCAGGUCCAAAAAAGUUAGGGUUACAAAACUGUAAAAGGAAACGCAACUAUGAAAGCUAAAGGCAUUACUUUAAAUUCUACCAAUUCCGAAGUUAUCAAUUUAAAAUCGCUGGUGGACAUGCGAGUGAACGAUUCGGAUCAAACGAGUCAACUUAUCACCUCACUUAACCAAACUGUGCGAGAUAAAAAGUGAUUUAAUUUGAGAAAUAAAUCACAGUUAAAAAAGGUUUAUAAGCCUGCUUUAUUACCUGAUUUCACAACUCUCCCUUAUGAUUAUUAAGACUUUUCAUGUAUAUAUGUAAUGUUGUUUCUGUUUGUGUUUUGUAAUGGAAAAUAUGAACCUUUUCAUGUAUUGUAUGUGGUACAAGUAAUAACGGUAAAUCGUAUUUUAUUAUUAUAAUAAUUUUAUUAUUAUAUAUGUGUGUUUGCAACCUCUGUAUGAUGAAUCGAUGACCAGAAUAAAUAUAAAAUUUUUUUCAAGGAA